GUCUGACAAAAAGCCUCGUUUCUCGGUUCUCAGUUUGCAUCAACAGGAGCAACAACUCACUGACCCACACACAAGAAAAGACACACUCUCAUCACACCUCUUGCCUGCGCAAAUGGAGAUUGUCGAACAGACAGUGCCAGCUGCUGGCAACGGAGGGAUCAAACUCUUGCUCAUCACGGCAAACGUCGGAUCCAUCUUUGAGGAAACCGAGCACACACUGCCACAAUGGAUUGCAAGCGUAUCGCAAGCGAUUGCCGAGAGACAGCCUCAUUUUGUAGCCAUCCACAUGCAAGAGGUGGGCGGCAAGUCCUACAAGACGGGCAUGCGGCUCGUGGAUGGAUUUUUGCAAUUGCUCGAUGCUUCGCCUGCGCUGGAAGAGUUUGAUCGACGACUCUUCCACUGCUACCGCGACUUUACCACACCCUAUUUCACCGCGCUCGGAUCAUUGUAUUAUAUUCACCGGAGCGUUGGCGAGGUGCGAUGCUUUCACUUUGCGCACAACCUGUACAUCCCGCUUCCAAUUGAGUGCAGCAUGCCGCCUCGGAGCCAACGGCGCUGUGCAGGAUUUUUCGGCGACGACGGCUCCUUCUUUCCAAACCAACCCACUCCCGAAGACUGUGAGCUCUUUGCAGAGUCGCAGCCGCCCCAUCCACCGCAUUACGAGCUCACGCAGCACGAGAAGUUCCCCGAAUCCUUCUUCCCACAGUGUUCAUGGUCCCGCAAGGGCUUUUUGCGCACUCGAUGGGUCUUCCCGAGCCCCGUCCCGAUCGAUCUGAUCAACUUGCAUCUCUUCCAUGACGACAGCAAUCUUGUCGCGUUGGAAAAGAGCCCGUCCGUGUAUGCGGAGAAUCGUGUUCGUGCCUUCAAGUAUGUGCUGAAGCGCUGCGAAGCGAGCGACAAGCCCUGCCAAGUGUAUUUCGGGGAUGUCAAUUUCCGAUUGGAUCUCGCGCGCGUUGUGCGGUACCUUUCCAACGGCGGCACCCCGCAAGUGCUGCGCGACAAGAAUGGAGCUCAGACACGGGUGAUUGUGCGCAUCAACUCGACCGUAGCAUCCGCUGGUGCAGCCGCAGCAGUAGUAGCAAACUCUGCUCCACCAACGGCACCGCACAACAAUGGCUGCAGCAGCAGCAGCAGCCCACUUUGCACACCGAUUGUUGUCACGUCCGCCGACAAGAAGAUCGAGCUCCAAUCACCCCGAGCGGUCCGUGCGACGACGGCACCGAUCGCCGUUCCACGCAUCCGAACACCCAGCCCGAUCUCUGAGCCAGCGUACCCGCUUUCGCCAGCGCCAGGAGCCACCGCGGAGGAAGCGCUAUCGGCCACCGGAGCCACGCCUGCCUUUGCCGAAACCGAGCGUACCAUUUCGACCGGCUCGCUUCUAUCACCCGAAGGCAGCACGUUUGCCUCAACAUCACCGUCGUCGUCGCCGUCGACGCACGCCUUGAAUCAGCAGCUCUUGUUCCCGAGCAAUGCCAUCAUUGUAGAGAAGAAGACAUUCAUUGUGCCGGAUCCCGACCGCUUUUUGCGCAACCAGGGUCGAGAGUUUUUGACGGUCGGCGUCGUUGAGCCAGAGUUCAUGGACAACCCCGUCCUGCACGAGUUCCCGCUUGAUUUCCCUCCAAGUUACCCGUUCAGUGAAGACGCCUCUGCCGGCUCGACAUACAUGACGACGCGCUGCCCUUCGUGGUGCGACCGAAUCUUCCUGACAAAGACCGCUUUCGACAUUGCCUCUGCGUCGCAGCCGAGCUCCGAUGUUUGCGACUACACCAGUAUUGCUAGUGAUGUCUGUGUGGGCGACCACAAACCAGUGUUGCUGUCCUUUGCUCUUCCUCCGCUGUCGGCGCAACCAAGUUAAAGCUGAGUCCACAUUGAUCAUUGUCGGUAUCGGUGGAUGCACUCCGCCCCCCUCCCCUCUCUUUGCUUCUUCAUUGUUUUGCUUUUUUAUAAGGUUGUUGUGGGCGUUUUUGUGUGCAGUUUUGUCACAGAAUUAUCAUGCUUGUCCGCUUCUUUGGUCUUUCGC